UGCUCCAACAAAAAAUGAGUCUUUUUCCAUGCCGCUGGGCUUUACGCUUCCUCCUCCUGUCUCUUCUCCUUCCCCUUCUCUUCUCUGUGGCGGCGGCGGGGAAGAGAAGGGUUAUCAUCUCGGACGAUCUUUCCGACGUUGAGGACGAGGAGGAGGACGAUGAAUGGAAGAAAUGGGGGCAGAAGAAGACUCGCUCGGAAGACCUUCUGCCGCCGCCGGACUUCUCCAAGAUGAAUCCCGCUGAGAUCCAGGACGAAAUGAUGAAGCGACAUACUGGACCCGCUUACGGUUUCGUUAAACUUCGAUCUGGUGCAGCUCGCUCUAGGGAUGAUGUGCCUGUGAUUGCAAUGAGAUGGAGCAAUCUCAUCAAGACAGGUUCUGUUGAGGCUAGGUUCAUGGCUGUUGACCGGCAUACUAUUAUGUUCACGAUGGAGAGGGGCCAAGAUUUGAAAGAGGAUAACAAGCACAUCCGAAUACACGAAGAUGAUUAUAGGAUGGAGGGGAAUAAUGAAGAUGUUCGUAUGGUGAUACGUGAUACGUGGUUCAUGUAGACAUAUGAUUAAUGAGAUGUGUGGUGGUUUGGAGGCUGUCAAACCAUAAUUUGUAAGGGAGGCGUGUUUGUUAUAAUAAGGCCCGAGUUGUCUCAAUGAGAUGAUGUUGCUUCCUUUUGACGACACCAUUUUGCUCAGGUGUGUAGGAACAUGAAUAUUGAUGUAGAAUGCCAAGAUCAUUGAGAAAAGUAUUUAAGAUAUUAUUAUAUUCUUUUCCUCCAUCAGGCCGAAGGAUUUUGUUUGUAGUAUUGAACUGAUGUUGAACUGAUUUAAUGAAGUUGAUAGUAAUGUAUAUUAUCUCCGAUUUUGCACACAUAGGAAACACCGGACAAAAUAUAAAGAAAU